AUGGAAUCGCAAGGGGAGAAUGUGACUGACGAGGACGCCAUUGUCGAGGAGAUGGACCGGUCCCUUACGAAGGUGCGCCACUUCCUGCAGCAGCGUGUGCCGUACGGCUCGAUUCGCGAGCCAAACGCGCCGCCCCAGUCCUCCUCCUCCUCGGCACCGUGUUGCCGCGAGACGGAAGAGCCGAGCAGUGGUGGCAAGGCGCCUGUCUAUCCUGUGGACGCGUUUCUGUACCUUGAGGAGGACGUUGAGGAACUUGUGGAGCGUGGGUGCAUCUCGCGUGAGUACUGCCGCGCGUGCGGUUCCGUUGAGAUUGGCCUAACCGACUUCAUCACGCACUCCUUCUCACAGGAUCAGCUGGUGUUUCUCUCCUGUUACCUGUUGCCCGCCCUUAGCGACGCCUCCUACGCUGUCACGCAGGACUGGUGCCUACGACGACGCAACGAACAAUCACCAGAUGCUGCGUCUCCUUUCACGUGUCGGCACGUUGUGGAUGUGGGCUCGCGUCUUGGUGUGGUGCCUCUCUCGUGUUACUUUGCCGCGCAGCAGCAACGCUUGCGGGCCACGCAACGGGUGACAGGUAUCGAGCUCGAUGGCGAAAUGGUUGAGCUGCAGCGUACUGUCUUAAAACGAUUUGCAUCGAAACCUGCGUCACUGCAGGUGGAUAUCAUCCACAGCAACUGCUUCGAGGGGGCUGGGGAGGAGGCGCUCCGCGAUGCCGAUGUUGUGAUUUUGCAUAACGUGUUUGAAUACUUCACCGAGACACCAGUGGAGCAUCUCCGCUCGUGGUGCCGUCUCCGCGAGAUUGUGGCACGUCGUGGUCAGCUUCUUAUUUGUUCCCCAAGCCUUGAGGAAACAUUCGCGUCGUUUACGCCAGAACAUAUGCAGGUCGUUAUGAACAGCAGCAGCGGCGGCAACAGCCUCUUAGCGAGUGAGGCUUCUGCUCAGCAACAUGUGGAUGGCAACACCCGCAAACGUAGCCGUGACGAGCAAGAGAGCAAGGAAGGGGUUUUCGAGCAAUGGUGCCAGUCAUGGGUGACGGAGAUCGAUGUGGCGGAACUGCGAGAGGCGUUCCUCGUGCUGCGUCAGGCGGGUUGCAACUGCCACGACGAUCAUUCUUCCUGUGGGGAGGUGGAUAAGGAAUUGGAGGAAGGGCUGCGCCACAUGCGGGUAUAUGUUGUAAAAUAA